CUCUGCGAAGGGUGUACACAAGUAGUGUAAAGAUGGCGUCGACGGUGUGUGUUUCUAGAUGCCGACUCUUAGCGAAAUUAGAAAUAAAUCGUGGUUUGUGUUUAUCAUCAAUAUUUAGGGAUUUGUCUAAUAGCAGAGAGUCGUGGUGCCGGCGCUGGCGACCCACACGGCGUUCUAUCUUCACAAGCGCAUGUGUCCACGGAUCUAAAAAUGCUCCUACAAAAUUGGAACCAGAAAAAUCUGAGGAGGUGUCGGUGACGUACCGUCGCGGGCUACCGGUGAUCACGGUGCCUCUGCCGUCGCGCCGCGAGCGUUGCCGCUUCACACUGCGCCCCGUCUCACAGACCGUCGGAGAUCUAUUAGAACAGGUGAAGGCGGAAGACCGCGGAGUAGAGCGCGCGGUCGCCUUAGCUCCAGACGAGCGCGUGCGCAUUGCCGCUAGCGACACGGUAGAGUCGCUGCUAGAGAACGAUUUCCGACUCAUCAUUAACGACACAGAAUAUUACGUUAAAAGUCCGCCUCAGGAGCGGUUGAGUUCAGAAGAGAUAACUCGUUUGAGCGAUGUGCGUAACUUGGUCAACCAGUUGUAUGAAGCUCUUAAUGUCCGAGAGCAUCAAAUCCGCAAAGAGCGAGAGCUUCGAGGCCAACUGGAAAAGCUCUCCUCGGAACUGCAACCACUGGAAGAGAAACGCAUGUCUCUGGAAGUGGAGACUUCUCGACGUACUUCCGCCCUCACGUGGGUGGGGUUAGGUCUGAUGGGGGUGCAGUUCGGAGUGCUAGCGCGGCUGACAUGGUGGGAGUACUCCUGGGAUAUAAUGGAGCCUGUCACUUACUUUGUCACUUAUGGUACCGCGAUGGCAGCUUACGCGUACUUUGUGUUGACGAAACAGGAAUACGUGUUACCGGACGUAAAAGACAGACAACAUCUCUUGAUGCUUCACAAAAAAGCGAAAAAAAUCGGACUUGACAUCAAUCAUUAUAAUUACUUAAAGGAUGAGAUAGACAAGCUCCAAAAGGAUCUCGCACGUCUGAAAGAUCCCUUACACAUCCAUUUGCCGACAUCAUACGCGCCUAAAACUGGCGACGAGAAACGUUCCCCGUUGACUAAACUAAAGGAAAUGUUGGACGAGACUAGUAAAAAAAUGAAAAUCACGUAAUAUAUGUUUAAAACGCGUUUGAAAAAGACGCGUAAAACACUUUAACACAUUCACUGCCACGGAGAGUGUCACGUAAUCAGAGUGGCAUGUGAUCAUAGUGGCAUGUGAUCAUAGUGGCAUGUGAUCAUAGUGGCAUGUGAUCAUAGUGGCAUGUGAUCAUAGUGGCAUGUGAUCCUAGUGGCAUGUGAUCCUAGUGGCAUGUGAUCAUAGUGGCAUGUGAUCCUAGUGGCAUAUGAUCAUAGUGGCAUUGAAUGUGUUAAUUUACGACAACUGUUGUUAAUAAUUUGUACGGACAUUUUGCGAUAGCUCACUGAAUUGUUAUUGAUAAAUGCACUGUUGUGUAAGAUUUAGGGUGCGUUUACACUGAACCGAAACUAAUGAAUUUUAGCAAAGAAAGCUGUUAAAGACCUUUAUGUAGAAUUUUUGUAAUAUUUUUAAACUGCUAUGCCGACAUAGUAACCUAAUUUUUUUAAUAUGCUAUGAUAAAAUUACGUAGCUUUUUGAUGACAACAUGGGUGACUCAAAAAUUUCGUAUAAUCUAGUUGUCCUACAUGGUUUUGUUUCAGUGAAAUUCACCCUUGUAUUAAAAAGCA